CCUCUAAUUUCAUUGCGAAAAAAAAUAAGAAUCGGGCAUCGGCACGGACGACUGAAACUGCGAUUUUAAGAAUACACGGACAGAGUUGUGGUGCUCGGCAGACAAAGACAUUCAGGGCGUGUGACAGCGAUCGCAAGUGCUAAUUACCCGUUCGCAGGCGAAGUGACAGAGGCACAGGCUUCAGAAUGAGCGCACCUGGCAUGGACAAGAGAAAACUCUCCACAUCGGGCGACUCGCUCUACGAAAUCCUGGGACUUCCGAAGACAGCCACCGGAGAUGAUAUCAAAAAGACUUACCGGAAACUCGCACUCAAAUACCAUCCCGACAAGAACCCCGACAACGUCGAUGCGGCCGAUAAGUUCAAGGAGGUGAACCGUGCCCACUCGAUACUGAGUGACCAGACGAAGCGCAACAUAUACGACAACUACGGCUCGCUCGGCUUGUACAUUGCCGAGCAAUUUGGCGAGGAGAAUGUCAAUGCGUACUUCGUGGUCACAUCGCCGGCUGUGAAGGCGUUGUUUAUCUGCUGCGCAGUGGUCACAGGAUGCUGCUGUUGCUGCUGCUGCUGCUGCUGUUGCAACUUCUGCUGCGGCAAAUUCAAGCCGCCGGUCAAUGAGUCGCAUGACCAAUAUGCACAUCUGAAUCGCCCCGAUGGCAAUCGAGAGGUCAACGAUAUGCCACCGCAUCUGGGACAGCCGCCACGACUUGAGGAUGUUGAUCUCGACGACGUGAACUUAGGUGCGGGUGGAGCCCCCGUGACCUCACAGCCGCGCGAGCAGCCCGGAGGACAGCCCGUAUUCGCCAUGCCGCCGCCCAGUGGAGCCGUGGGAGUCAACCCCUUCACCGGCGCCCCUGUAGCAGCCAACGAGAACACAUCGCUGAACACAACGGAGCAGACCACUUACACGCCAGAUAUGGUUAAUCAAAAAUAUUAGUCAAGUGCUGCGAGUGAGUCAAGCUCCGGGUGCAUGCGAACACCACACAUUCACAUACAGACACAGAAAAUACAAGCCCCUAAAUCGUAACAGAAGAGAAAACCAGAUUUAUUUCUUAAUUAUUAAUGUUGUUUUUAAGAAGCGCGAUAUGUUGAAGCGAGUAAACAUAUGAACCUAUGUAUUUAUUUUAAGCCGUAGCACUUAGCUCUAAUUUUAAACAAUCUAACUUCGUGGCAGCCUCUCGGCCAGUCAGGUUGAUCUUGUUCCAAUUCGGGGAAUCGAUUCACCAAUUCCAUUGUUCAAGCCAUUCACCUAGCUGCACAGCUAUACACAACUCGAAUCGAUAGCCCAGCUGCGCACCCACCAACUCCAUCUAUCCAGCCAUGCUACAAGCACCUGCGGUGCUGAUCAAAUUGUAUAUCGGGAGUUAGUCUAGACAUUUGCUUGGGGAUCGGAUCCCUUCCGGCGCAGCUCCGUGAGUUGGGAUUCAGCCGCAGUGGAUAAUGAAUCGACUUCUCGCGAAGAGAGGCACUGUAAUUAUAUAUAUGUAUAUGAUAUGUGUAUCUAGUUCGCAUUUGUGUCGUCGCCUAGUCUAGCUAAAUUGUUCGGUGGAUCGCCUCUUCGCCGAUUGUUUCUGUUAAUUUGCACUGAAUUGUUAAAGCAAGAACUACUUAUGUAAAGAGGAUGAACUGUAGAGCGAUGCGCCCAGCAGAUGCUCCGAUCCGAUUCUAAUGCAAAUGUAAAUAAGUCAAAUUAAACAAUUAAGCAUCACACAGUCAAGCAGAGGAGGACGAAAAAGAACACUAUAAAGGGCGAAAUAAUUAAAGGAAAGAUAAAUUAUAUAACAGAUAUUAAUAAUCCCCUCUAUAUAUAUAAAUUAAAUACAAGUAAUCAAAAGUUCAAUUGUAACCCCCGAAAGUAUUGCACAUAUGUAUUCUGAAUUGUUUCAAAAUUGAAUUGAGUCCUUAUUGGUUUUGUUUAAUUGUUAACCCGCUUUUAAAUGUAAAUGAAUGCGAUUAGUCCAUCAGUAAUUAACUUUUAUAUACGUAGUAUUCCCAUUCUAAAUCACUGACAUCAAUUACUGCGGAUCAGCUCUGGCCCGGGUUUAAAAUUCUAGGGAUCGUAUGUCCGAGUGCCCUGGCUCAUUAAUAGUGUACACUUCAUAUAUGAAAUUCAAUUAACGAUAAUUAAAUUUUACGGUCUUGCGUGUGUAUUUAUUGUUCGUACAAGUCAAAGCAAAAAUACUAAGUAAACUAAAUUUGAACUUAACAAUUGUUUCCAAAUUUCAAUUGUAUUCUGGUAUAACACGAAGAAACCGAAAUAAAUUUACUAUACAAA